GGCGCUCAUCGUCAUCACUGACUCUAGCUGGCGAGCCUCCCUCCUCCCGCUGACCGCCGAAUGAGCCGCAGGGACAGGAUGAACGCUUGUUGAGGAGGACCCUAACGACAUAACCGUCGGUUGUGGGGAGAGAGCGAAAGACAGAAAGGAGAGACAACCGUUUUUUUUUUGCUUCGCUGCUCGAGCGCUCGCCUCCAGUGGCGGCGCGGAGGGGGGACUUUGCCAUGGUCCGGCCCGGGGACAUCUUUGUUGCUCUGCUCCUUGUGGGCUGUGCGGUUUCGAUGGAUGUGCAGAUCACACCCAGUCACGGUGAAAUUAGUCUCGGGGAGUCCAAGUUCUUCAUGUGUGAAGUUAUCGGUGCGGCUAAGCACAUAGACUGGUUCGGACCGAGCGGGGACCGGAUAGAAGCCAACAGACCCGACGUCAUAGUGACACGAAACGAUGAGUCGUCUUCCACGCUCACGCUGUACAGGGCUGGGACAGAGAACGCCGGGACGUACAAGUGUGUCGCCACCAAUGGAGAUCAGCAAGGGGAGUCAACCGUUAACGUCAAAAUAUUUCAGAGAAUUACCUUCACAAAUGCGCCAUCGCCUCAAGAGUACACCGAAGGAGACACCGCCAUCAUCGUAUGUGAUGUCAUCAGCUCACCUCCACCGACCGUCCUCUGGAAGUACAAAGGAGCAAAAAUACAGUUGGAAAAAGAUGUUCGUUUUAGGGUGCUGAGCAACAACCACCUUCAAAUCCGCGGCAUAAAAAAGACGGACGAGGGCUCGUACAUCUGCGAAGGACGCUUGAUGGCCCGCGGCGAGAUUGAUCUACGGGUUAUCAAGGUCAUCGUGAACGUGCUCCCGACUAUCAGAGUGUGGCAGUCAGAGGUGAAUGCCACUGCAGAUGUGGGCCAAUCUGCCAUGUUGACUUGUGCAGUUGAUGGCUAUCCUGAACCCAUGGUGACCUGGACAAGAAACCAAAUGGUUCUUGAGGCGGGGGAGAAGUACAGCUUCAACGAGGACGGCUCAGAAAUGUCCAUCAUGGAUGUCAGCAAGCUGGAUGAGGGCGAGUACACCUGCAUCGCCAGAAACAAAGCCGGUGAAACUGAGCAGGAACUCAGUCUGAGAGUAUUUGCGAAACCUAAGAUCACCUACAUAGUGAACCAAAGCACCUCCGAAAUGGAGGAGCAAGUGACUCUAACUUGCGAGGCUUCGGGGGAUCCCACACCCACCAUCAGCUGGAGUUAUGGUGACCGCGUCUUUACCGACGGCGAGCAGGCACACCUAAACAGGAUCUAUCAGGCGUCAUGGACUCGUCCCGAGCAGCACAAGAGUCAGGAUGGAAACGUGGUGGUGAGGAGCGACGCCCGAGUCUCCUCGCUCACGCUGAAGUACGUCAAGUACACUGACGCCGGACAGUACCUGUGCUCAGCCCGCAGUGCCAUCGGGGAGGACGACAAGACAGCACAGCUGGAGGUCCGCUAUACCCCUAAGCUCCACGGUGACGUAGCGGUGUACACCUGGGAGGGAAAUGGCGUAAACAUGAGCUGCACGGUGCAGGCUCACCCCAGCCAAGUCACCAUCGCCUGGCUGAGAGACGGACUGAUGCUGCCCAACGAGAACACCAGCAAUAUUAAAAUCUUCAGGUCUCCGUCAGCAAGCUACCUUCAGGUGACACCGCUGUCUGAGAAUGACUUCGGGAGUUACAACUGCACUGCUUCCAAUGAGAUGGGCACAGAGUCCAAAGAGUUCCUCCUCAUUCAGGCUGAGGUGCCAUCCUCGCCAUUUGUCAUCGAGGUGACCCCUUUUUCCACCACUGCACUCGUUCAGUUUGAGGAGCCCGAGUCUACUGGAGGUGUUCCUGUGUUGAUGUACAAAGCUGCGUGGAGGAUGCAAGGCAGGGGCAGCUGGUCACAGAAGAUCUACGACCUUAAAGAUGGUGUCAUCAGCGAGGUGACCAUCACAUACCUGAAGCCAGAGACCGACUACGAAGUGAAGAUGUCGGCCAUCAAUGGCAAAGGUGAAGGUGAAAGCUGCCCUGCUGAGUCCUUCAAGACGCUGCCAGUCCAUGACCUUUUUGGUUUUUUCUCAGGAGACACAGGGAUUCCCAAUCCUCCCAAGCUGGAAGCAGCGCUUCAGCCGAUAGGUAAUUCCUUGAAAGUCAGCUGGAUCAAGCAGGACGACGGUGGAUUGCCCAUCUACCAUUACCUCAUCCGCUACAAACCAAUUCAGUCGACGCAGUGGAAACCGGAGAUCCGGAUGCCCAACGACAGCGACUAUGUGGUUCUAAGGGGACUGGAGUGGGACACGGAGUACAACGUCAACGUGGUGGCAGAGAACCAGAAGGGCAAGUCGCUGCCGGCGAGCAUGUCCGUCAAGACGUCCACUCAGCCGGCCGUCAUCCCAGACUUGGAUGAGGACGCCAGGUUUCCCGUGGGCAUCGUGCUGUGGGCGGGGAUCCUGGUGGUGGCGUUUGUGCUCCUGCUGCUGGCCGUAGACGUGACCUGCUACUUUGUCAACAAAUGCGGCCUCAUCAUGUGCCUGUGUGGCAAGUCGGGCUCCGGGACCAAAGGCAAAGACUUGGAGGAGGGAAAGGCCGCGUUCAUGAAAGAUGAAUCCAAAGAGCCCAUAGUGGAAGUCAGAACCGAGGACGAGUGCACUGCCAAUCACAACGCAGCAGGACCAACAGAACCAAAUGAAACCACACCCCUGACAGAACCAGAGCUGGCGGCUUUCACUGCUGCUCUGGCACUGGACACGCUCUCCUCCAUAGCCACCAACUCCGACACGGCCACUGCCACCAAUGACCCCACCCAGGACAGCCCCUCUAGCGAGACCACCACCCUAACGUUUAGCCUGUCCACCCCGGCCAACGACCCCUCGCCCACGCCCAUCUCGGCACCGGCGCCGAGCCCGGAGAUGAGCGCGGCGCCACCGACUCCCCCCGUCUCCAGGUCCGCCGUCGAGGCCAAGAUUGCGCCGUUAGUCGAGCAGAGACGAAGCGAGUGGCCGGGGGAGGAGGAGGAGGAGGAGAAGACCGAGCCUCCUCCGAGCACCCCAGAAUGGACUAAAGCUCAAAAAUCCGGCACACCUAUACCGCCGAAGCGUAGGCACUCUCCUAAACUUGCCGCCCUGAAGGCUAAAGGUAGUCCUCCUGUAUCGCCACUGGCUGUGACACCGUCACCUUUCACUCUAGACAAGAAACCUGCUCCUAGUCCGCCUGUUUCAGCAGAACAAAGCGCUCCUUCCCCUGAUUCAAACCUGAGCGGGUGUGGCCUCGCUGCCUUUGACAAGCCAGUUCAUAAAGCCGCCCCCACACCGCCUUUAGCCAUCCGUAGUGCUCCUAAAGCACCGGAUACUGAAACGUCCUCCCCUCUCCUCAAAAAUGUCUCGUCUCCCUUGUCCCCCCUGCCUGCCAGUGACCUCCCCGCAUCACCGCCAGACAUGUACGACUUCCUGGCCCACGACACGGGCCUCAAAAACACGGGUUUCGACUUAGAGCUGAGUAACGGGACCGAGCGACCCUCAGAGAUCCCCGCCGACCUCAUUAGCUUAGAGAGCCCACCCUCUGCCCCCUUCCUGCCCAAUGGCGACGGAGCGGACCUCCCCCUUUCAGGCCCAGUUCUGGAUGCGUCAGAGACUUUGGCCAAGACCGGUCCUCCUGUCAACGAUGAGAAGAUUUUUUCAGACGGGAAAGGCAAACUGGAGGAAGAAUUAUCAAACGCCCUCACUGAGACGGCGGCGGAGCAACACAACAGUGUGAUACAGACAAAAGGCACGCAGAGCAAAGCUUGAUGAGCUCGGCUAAAACUUCCAACGUACAAAACAUUUUUGUUGCGAAGACGGGGUUGUUUCAUUUCCAGUGCCCUUAAGUACACACACACACACACACACACACACACACACACACUCGUAUUUCUUACCUUCUUGAGACCUCCGAAAAAAGCCUACCUCUUGAGGAGCGCCCUUUCUAGAUAUAUAAAGAUGUGUAUUUACAUCAUUAAUAAUAAAUACAUACUAUGCAAAUAUAAAAAAGCUUGUUGUGAAAAAUGAGUUGGAUUUUCACAAGAAAAAGGUCACAAUUUCACAAGAAAAACUUUCAAUUUUGGCGGUGUUAUAAUAAAAGUCGUCAUUUUACUCAACGCAAGUCAAAAUUGUACAAGAAAAACUGAACAUUUUGUGCAAUAUGAUAAAAGUUGCAAUUUUACUCAAUAACAGUCGCAAUAUUACAAGAAAGGCUUAAAAUGUUGGCGAUUUUAUGAAAAGAGUCGUAAUAAUACUCGACAAAAGUCACAUUUUUAGAAGAAAACUUUCAAAUGUGGGCAAUAUUAUAAUAAUAAUCUGAAUUUUACUUGGCAAAAUUAUGAAAAGUCAUAAUUUUACCCCAAAAAUGUGACUAUUUUACAAGAACAACAAAACAAAUUGGCAAUGUUGUGAUAAAAGUCAGAAUUGUAUACGACAAAUGGCGCCAUUUUGCAUUAAAAAGUAAGAAUUACACAGAAAAAAGUAAUAAUUUUACGAGAAAAUAUUGCAAUAUUACAGAAACAGAGAUACAUUUUUCCCAAUUUUAUAAGAAAGAAGUCGACACAUUGUGAGAAAAAGACUGCUUUUAGUUAAUUUUUUGUUUUUUUUGUUAGUAAUUGUUUUUUAAUCUACAUUACUUCAAGUUAUUACAGUAUGUCUCUAUAUACAUAUUUAUUUAUUUUUUUCAUUGUUUUAUUUCAAUUUCUUACACACACUUGUUAUUUCAUAUGUUGACCAGAGGGGGAGCACUUUUAAAACCGACACACAGUCGAUUUGAAAAAUCCCUCCUUUUUGGGACCACCCUCUUUUUGACCAGCAGGGGUGCAAAUGAGACAUUGUCUAUUAGAUGCAAUGUUAUUGGGACCAUGAUUUAUGUCAUCACUUGUUCACACCUCCUCAUAUAGAAGAUACUUUUCCUUGUUGAUGUCUCAAGAAGGGUAGAAAUACAACACACACACACACGAUCUUGUAUUUCUUACCUUCUUGAGACCUGCGAAAAAUGCCUACCUCUUUAGGAGCACCCUGUCUAGAUAUAUAAAGAUGUGUAUUUACAACAUUAAUAAUAAAUACAUACUAUGCAAAUAUAAAAAAGCUUGUUGUGAAAAAUGAGUUGGAAUUUCACAGGAAAAAGAUCACAAUUUCACAAGAAAAACAUAGAAUUUUCGCAGUAUUAUAAUAAAAGUCGUAAUGUAAUCAACGCAAGUCAAAAUUUUACAGGAAAAACUGAACAUUUGUGCAAUAUUAUGAUAAAAGUUGGAAUUUUACUCAAUAACAGUCACAAUAUUACAAGAAAAGCUUAGAAUGUUGGCGAUGUUAUGAAAAGAGUCGUAAUAACACUCGACAAAAGUCAAAUUUUUAGAAGAAAACUUGUAAAUAUUGGCAAUAUUAUGAUAUUAAUCAACAUUUUACUUGGCAUAAUUAUGACAAAAGUCAUAAUUUACAAGAACAACAAAAAAAAUUGGCAGGAUUGUGAUAAAAGUCUGAAUUUUAUACGACAAAUGUUGCCAUUUUGCAUUCAAAAGUAAGAAUUAUACAUAAAAAAAGUAGUAAUUUUACGAGAAAAUAUUGCAAUAUUACAGAAACAGAGAUACAUUUUUCCCAAUUUUAUAAGAAAAAAGUCGACACCUUGUGAGAAAAAGACUGCGUUCAGUUCAUUUUUCAUUUUUUGAAUUUUUUGUUUGUAAUUGGUUUUUAAUCUUCAUUAUUUACUUCAAGUUAUUACAGUAUGUAUCUAUAUACAUAUUAAUUUAUUUUUUCAUUGUUUUAUUUCAAUUUCCUCCACACACUUGUUAUUUCAUAUGUUGACCAGAGGGGGAGCACUUUUAAACCAGACACACAGUCAAUUGGAAAAAUCCCUCCAGGGGUGCAAAUGAGACAUUGUCUAUUAGAUGCAAUGUUAUUGGGACCAUGAUUUAUGUCAUCACUUGUUCACACCUCCUCAUAUGGAAGAUACUUUUCCCUGUUGAUGUCUCAAGAAGGUUAGAAAUACAAGAACACACACACACACACUUGUCUGGCACGCACUUUGACUUUACACCCGGGAACUCAAAAUGUGUUUUAUUUUUUUAAUUGUCAUUUUAUUCAACUGGUCGAGAGGAUCAAGAACUAAAAGAAAAAGAUGUGUAAAAUAUUAGAGAGGUGACUUUUACCACACGUGCAGUCUCACACGAGCAUUACAUUGUCAUUACAAAUGUCAACAAAUAAUUACCGUAAAUGAUCCUUUGAUAGCCCUUUAUUUAAGACCAACUGGGAAGAGGAUUUUAAUCCGGAGAAAAUAAACUAAUAAUGGUUUGGAGUGCAUGAGAAAGUAGACAAGAAACAAAUACAUUGUACGACACAACCAAUGUUAAAGGCCUACUGAAAGCCACUACUAGCGACCACGCAGUCUGAUAGUUUAUAUAUCAAUGAUGAAAUCUUAACAUUGCAACACAUGCCAAUACAGCCGGGUUAACUUAUAAAGUGACAUUUUAAAUUUCCCGCGAAACUUCCGGUUGAAAACGUCUAUGUAUGAUGACGUAUGCGCGUGACGUCACUAGUUAAACGGAAGUAUUGGUACACCAUUGAAUCCAAUACAAAAAAGUUCUGUUUUCAUCGCAAAAUUCCACAGUAUUCUGGACAUCUGUGUUGGUGAAUCUUUUGCAAUUUGUUUAAUGAACAAUGAAGACUGCAAAGAAGAAAGCUGGAGGUGGGAUCGGUGUAUUAGCGGCUGGCUGCAGCAACACAACCAGGAGGACUUUGACUUGGAUAGCAGACGCGCUAGCCGACGCUAGCCGCCGACCGCACGGAUGAUCGGGUGAAGUCCUUCGUCCUUCCGUCGAUCGCUGGAACGCAGGUGAGCACGGGUGUUGAUGAGCAGAUGAGGGCUUGCUGGCGUAGGUGGAGCGCUAAUGUUUUUAGCAUAGCUUUGUGAGGUCCCGUUGCUAAGUUAGCUUCAAUGGUGUCGUUAGCAACAGCAUUGUUAAGCUUCGCCAAGCUGGGAAUUAUUAACCGUGUAGUUACAUGUCCAUGGUUUAAUAGUAUUGUUGAUCUGCUGUCUAUCCUUCCAGUCAGGGGUUUAUUUCUUUUGUUUCUAUCUGCAUUUAAGCACGAUGCUAUCACAUUAGCUCCGUAGCUAAAGAGCUUCGCCGAUGUAUUGUCGUGGAGGUAAAAGUCACUGUGAAUGUCCAUUUCGCGUUCUCGACUCUCAUUUUCAAGAGGAUAUAGUAUCCGAGGUGGUUUAAAAUACAAAUCCGUGAUCCACAAUAGAAAAAGGAGAAAGCGUGGAAUCCAAUGAGCCAGCUUGUACCUAAGUUACGGUCAGAGCAAAAAAAGAUACACCCUGCACUGCACUCUAGUCCUUCACUCUCACGUUCCUCAUCCACGAAUCUUUCAUCCUGGCUCAAAUUAAUGGGGUAAUCGUCGCUUUCUCGGUCCGAAUCUCUCCCGCUGCUGGUGUAAACAAUGGAGUCCUUCCUCCUGUGACGUCACGCUACUUCCGGUACAGGCAAGGCUUUUUUUUUAUCAGCGACCAAAAGUUGCGACCUUUAUCGUCGAUGUUCUCUACUAAAUCCUUCCAGCAAAAAUAUGGCAAUAUCGCAAAAUGAUCAAGUAUGACACAUAGAAUGGAUCUGCUAUCCCCGUUUAAAUAAAGAAAUGUCAUUUCAGUAGGCCUUGAAGUAGUUGUGAUGUGCAAACUGCUUAGUCAGCAAUAAUACCGCUGAGUCGUAGUAAACAACAAUAGGUCAAGUGUUCAUGAAUUGGACAGAAACAGCUGAGUAACAACAGUUUUAAGAUAAUCAAGUUGCUAACGAUACUUCAAAUGCAGCUACUGCCAUCUUGUGGAGUUAAAAAGAAAUGACCCGGGUCUAAGAAUGACGGUAAAUUUCUUUCCAGACCACACGCCGCUGUGGUUAACUGAACGAAGGCGCUAAGUGGAGCAUUUACGGUAAAUAGCAAUGAUUCUACUUUGAUUCCCGAUGUUCUUUUGCUUUGGUUUCCACUCCUGAUGUGCGUUUGACCUGCAAACAGUCGUAGCUUUCACGUUCACACACACACACACACACACUUGGUUUCAUCGCCACGACAACCAAGAUCUGUCACGACCGUCCGAAAGCCCCACGUCUCUCGUCACCGCCUCACCAGCGUUGGUCACUUUGACUGGAAAACACAAAAACGCGGGAAAAAAGAAGAAAAAAAAGUUCCGACCCUCAGCCGAGCGAGCGUUGGAUGUUUAAUUGGGAGGGGCUAACUUCCUCGCACCGAGCGACAAAGACGAGAUUUUUUUUUUUUUUGGUACUAUUUAACAUUCCCGUUCCUGCCUGCAAGCUUGUGCUCUGUGCCUGUGUGUGGGUAGAUUGUCUCGUCAGCCGUUUCUAUGGCAUAGCUUUGUCGUGAGAGAACUAGCGUCUUGUUUUUAUAUAUAUAUAUGUAUAAAUAUAUACUGUAUAUUAAAAAUGUAUUAUUGGAAGAAGGGUGUGCUAAAUGGACUAAUUCUAACACGAGGUGUCAGAGUCUUAUUGUGAAGGAGCAUGAAUCAUCAGCAACUACCAAGCAGGCGGACAAGACCCUCCCUUCCUGUUAGCUCACUUUCAUUUGACCAAGUGUUGUUCAGACUUUUUCUUUCCUCCUUCAAGUGUUCUGUAAUGUGUGUUUUUUUUUUGUUCCCCCCCUCCGAAAUGUGUACAAACUGCUUGUCAGAAGGAAGCAGGGUGGUCACAAAAUAGUCCAUGCUUUACUCCCCUGAAGCACACAGUAGACCCUGACCACCUUGCUCCCUCGUUUUAUUGAGUCAGUCUUGAGUGCUAACCCAUUUUCAAAAUAAAACAUGGUUUCUCAAUUUAAAA